AUGUCCGGGGAAGCGUGGUUGUAUUUGUUUGCGGUGUUGGUGAAUGCCGUAAACCUGUUCCUGCAGGUCUUCUUCACCAUCAUGUACAGCGACCUGGAAUGCGACUACAUCAACCCGAUCGACCUCUGCAACCGCCUUAACACCUACAUCGUCCCCGAGGCCGCUGUGCAUGGAUUCUUGACGUUUAUAUUCCUUAUCAACGGAUACUGGCUGCCUCUUGUCCUGAACGUGCCGCUCCUGGCGUGGAACAUCAAGAAGAUUGUGGACAACACCCACUUGUUGGAUGCCACCGAGAUCUUCCGCAAGCUCAACGUCCAUAAAAAGGAGUCGUUUAUCAAGCUCGGCUUCCACCUAAUCAUGUUCUUCUUCUACCUCUACAGCAUGAUUGUGGCUCUGAUCAAGGACGAGUCUCAUUAA